GAGAUAGUUUUAUUAAACCAACAGAAGAGGAUCAAAUCUUUACUUUAAUUUUGAAUCAUUUGGAAAACAAUGAGUGGUGGAUGUCCAUACUUUGAGAAGAAGCACUUGUUAUUCAAGAGCAAGCUGCAUCUGAAUGAGGAGGAGGCAGAUGACUCUCAAAAAGGAAUUAACAAGGCCAGCAAAGGUGGCAUCAUCUAUGGUGACUACCUUCAGCUUGACAAGGUUGUGACGGCCCAAGUUCUUCAGAGUGAACUGAAAGGGAACAAGAUCCACGAUGAACAUCUUUUCAUUGUCACCCAUCAAGGUGAACAUAUGAACUCUGGUUCAAGCAGAUUCUUUGGGAACUGGAUUCAGUGCGAGAGAUUUUCAUUAGUGGACAUCACCCCUAGAAGCCAAAAAAUUAUAGAGAUCAUCUUUAAAAUGGUCAUGCUUCACCAGGUUCGUGAUGAACGCAACAUGCUAAAGGUCAACACCCGCAUACAUAGGAUCGUUAUGAUCUUCAGGCUGCUGGUCGACCAGUUCUCCGUGCUUGAGACAAUGACCGCCUUGGACUUCUAUGACUUCAGAGAGUAUCUGUCCCCUGCCUCCGGGUUCCAAAGUCUCCAAUUCCGUCUGUUGGAGAAUAAGAUUGGGGUCCCUGACAACCUGAGGGUCCCCUACAACAGGCGUCACUACAGGGACAACUUCAAAGGACAUGAGAGUGAGAUGCUGCUCAGUUCUGAGAAGGAGCCUUGUCUGCUGAAAUUGGUAGAGAAAUGGCUGGAAAGGACCCCAGGUCUUGAAGGCGAUGGGUUCAACUUUUGGAAGAAACUGGAAGCCAACAUCUUUGAAGGAUUGUGUCUUGAGAAAAAGAAAAUCGCGAAAAUGCCAGAAUCUGAGGAGAAGGAGGAGAUGAUGGAAGAGCUGACGAAGCAAAAAGAGCUCUUCACUUCUCUGUUUGACAUCAAAAGACAUGAGCAUCUUUUGAGCAAAGGUGAGAGACGGAUCUCCUACAAGGCUCUCCAAGGAGCUCUGAUGAUUUACUUCUACAGGGAGGAGCCCAGGUUCCAGGUUCCCUUCCAACUCCUGUCCAACCUGAUGGACAUUGAUACCCUCAUGACAAAAUGGAGAUACAACCAUGUGUGCAUGGUGCACAGAAUGAUUGGUAGCAAAGCAGGCACUGGAGGCUCCUCUGGCUACCACUACCUGCGCUCUACUGUCAGUGAUCGCUACAAAGUCUUUGUGGAUCUCUUCAACCUGGCCACAUUUUUGAUACCUCGGCACUGGGUGCCCAAGCUGGACCCCAAUGAGCACACAUUCCUGUUCACUGCAGAGUACUGUGACAGCUCCUACUGCAGUAGUGAGGAUUCAGACUAGAAACUGUUAUUAACUGAGUGUUCAGUUCAGAUGGAGGAAAGGUGACAACGAAAGGGAACCUCUUUAAACUAUGAAGACACACGUGACCCAGUGAGCAUUAUAUAAUAUAUAUAAAAUACAUUUUAUUUAUAAUGGGACAAGUAACUUAGUAUAUAAUCUUAACCAAAUAAGCUGACUGCAUGUAUAUAUUGUUAAUAUAAUUAUUUAGUGUUUAUAAAGUAUAUUGUUUAUAUAAUAUUGUGCUGUAUUUAAAGUAAGAAAGAAUUUGAUCUAUGUACAUGGCCUAAUGAAUGAUAAUCAUGCACCGACCCAUGCACUUUGGGUUAUUCUGAAUGUGUACCCUAAAGAAGCCUAUUGUUAAUCUUUUUUAGAGUAAUAUGUUUUUGUACAGUACUUCGAUAUUGGCGGAUUGGGUGUUUUUAUGUGAUGUCAGAGAAAUGACCUGUAGACUUUAUUCACCAUAUAAAUGAUCACAGGACUGCAAAGAAAUAUAUUUUAUUGUAUCAGAAGAAUAUAAAUUGUAUCUGUCUCAAUAAAAAUAUUGUACUGAAAAGGUUGCCAGAAAAUGACUUUGACCUCCAUGGGAAUUGUCUUGAAAAUAAUUCCUUCAAGAGUUGAUCGAGAAUUUGGCAGUACUGAACACACUAAUGAA